AUGUUUUCAUUGGUGGUGCUUGGCAUUCUUGCCAAGGCUUCAACCGUUUCUGCAUCGCCAACCCAACAUGAAGACCUUUCCGCGUAUGUGAAUCCGUUUAUUGGCACCGCAGGACCUGAUGGUACCGGUGCGAACUCUGGAGACACAUUUCCCGGCGUUUCUGUGCCUUUCGGAGUUGUGAAACUCGGCCCAGACACUACAGAGAUGAAUCCCAGCACAAACGCAUUUGCUGGGUACACACCGGAUGGAAAUGUCACUGGAUUCACUUGCUUCCACGAAUGUGGCAUAGGAGGAGCCUCAAAGUACGGUGUGGUCGGACACAUGCCACUUACAACUCUGUCAGGUGUCAAUGUUCUCGAUAACGCAACUUACCAGCAGCCUCGUGUUACAAUGGAUAGGGCAUCCGUUGGAUACUACCGCUCUGAUCUAGCAAACGGCGUCAAAGUAGAGCUUGCCGCAUCCAACCACGCUGGAUUUAUUCAGUACACAUAUCCGAAAAACACUGAGCGUAUUGUCCUUUUGGAUGUAUCGCAUAACUUGCCGUCUUUAGCCGAGUUUGUGAAAUCUCAAUCAUAUAGUAAUGGUCAAAUUGAGGUCAAAAAGAACGGCAAAAGAGUGCAGGGCUGGGGAGUUUGGAGGGGCGGCUGGGGAGGCACGGGAAUCAACUGGGGAAUUUAUUUUUGCAACGAUUUUGAUUCCACUCCUUUAACCUGGCAAUACUUUUCUGGGUCGUGGAAUGCUCCAGAUAACCCUCCAAGUCCCUCCACACCAGUGACCUGGGGUAACGCAUCAACAAACCCAAAUGGAGUCCAAGGAGGCCCUGACGGCGAUGACUCUGGUGAUAGAGUUGGCGCUGUAUUCAGCUUUCCAGAUAAAACAACGGUCGUCAAGUCCAAGAUUGGGGUGUCAUUCAUCUCCGUCGAGAAGGCUUGUGCGUUUCAGAGCGAAAUUCCAUCUUGGAUACUAAAUCAGACUGUCCAGUCGACUAAAAAGCUAUGGAACGAUGAAGUCUUUAGCAAAAUAUCGGUCAAAGAAUCUGCCAAGAACGAUACACGGCUCACACUCUUUUACUCUGCUCUCUAUCGCAUGCAUCAGAUGCCUUCUGAUAGAACCGGAGAAAAUCCCGACUGGGUUUCCAGCGAGCCAUACUAUGACGACUACUACACCCUCUGGGAUACUUUCCGCUGUCUUAACAGUUUCUAUCUUUUGGUUCAGCCCCAGCGCGGCAUUGACAUGAUACGUUCCCUCAUUGACAUAUGGAGGCAUGUUGGUUUCCUGCCAGACGGCCGCAGUGGCAACCAUAAUGGCAAAGUACAAGGCGGGAGCAAUGCUGACAAUGUUCUGGCCGAUGCUUAUGUGAAGGGAUACACCGGUGGUAUUGACUGGAAGGAUGGAUACAAAGCAGUAUGGACUGAUGCAGAAGUUGUUCCACCCCCCAACAACGACCCGGAAGAUUCGAGCUGUACGGAUAAUCAAGGUCGCUGUGGACUUCCAGACUGGAUCAAGCUUGGAUAUGUGUCAACAGCGUUUUCGUCAAGCAUCAGUCGUACCGUUGAAUAUUCUCUCAAUGACUUUGCAGUAAGUCAAAUUGCAAAGGGUAUAGCGCCGCAUGAUUACCAGAAAUACUUGAACCGAUCAGGCAAUUGGAAAAAUCUUUGGAACCCGGACAUAAAUCAGUACAACACAUCGGGAUUUCUCGGUCCUCGCUAUCCCAAUGGAACGGUUAUAACUAUCGCCCCGCAAGACACGUCCUACACGACCGAAGGACUACCAUGGGAAUACACAUGGACUAUACCGUUUGAUAUGCAGGGGCUUAUCGACAAAAUGGGUGGUGUCGGUGCGACUGAGAAACGGCUUGACCUGAUGUUUGUGCCUAAACUCCGAACGGUGGAUUUAGGUGUGGGAGUUGGAUCAGGAACAACCCUAUUCAAUCCCGGCAACGAGCCCAGCUUCGGCACCCCGUUUUUGUAUAAUUACUUGCCAGGCCGCCAAUACAAAGCCGUGAACCAGUCCCGCGUGAACAUUGAUGAAAAUUAUUUCGCUGGGUCCAACGGCCUUCCUGGAAACAGCGAUGCUGGUGCUAUGGACAGCUGGAUGCUUUGGCAGAUGCUGGGCCUGUAUCCGGUGGUGACCCAGCCAGUCUACUUGAUCCUGGCGCCAUGGUUCGAGGAUAUUUCUGUCUCGGUCGGUGGUUUUCAUACCCUUCGAAUUAAAGCAAAGGGGCUGUCCAACGACAGCUUCUUUGUUCAGAGCCUUAAAGUCAAUGGUAAAGCUUGGAAUAAGAGCUGGCUGGAGCAUAGUGACAUUGCAAAGGGUGGACUGUUGGAAUUUGUCUUGGGCCCUGAGCCAAAGUCAUGGGAUACUGGGACCAUCCCUCCAAGUCCGGGGCAUCAAUAG